GAUGGUGUUUGGUUCCAUUGUGAAUAGUUUUCCGCACAAAUUAUACUAACAAAAAUUUCAAUAAAGUGGUCACUGGUCGGCAAGUAGCCCAAAAACCGCAUGUAUUUAUACACAUUAUAAAGCAUUGAUACUUUUUUUUUAAAUUCCAAGUAGAUAUGGUGGAAAAAAAUCAAAAGUAAUUUUGUCCGUUUACCAUUUCAACGAAACACGACCUCGUCGAAGUUCUUUCAAUAAGUUUUUAAAUACACUUUGUUACUAAUACAAUUGGCUUUUAAAUUGCUUAUACUCAUGUGUUUUAUAAGUUAAUGAUAUGCAAAUGCGUUUUUCUUUCACUCCCAACAUUUACCGACGACAAAUUUUACUAUAAAUAGUGAACGCUCGAUUAAUCGCGUAAUUGUUGCUGAAAAUUUCUGGUGAAUAUAAGUAUAUUGAAGGAGACGGUGCUAUCGUCGUGCUUAUGUUUAGUGGUAUAUUCGCAGUUAUUGAGAUAUAUUGUGUAUCUUAAAAUAGAUAUUACUUUUAGGUGGAAUGUGAAUUGUGAAUGUGCUUGGCAAAAAUUCGCAUAACAAGUUGUUCAAAAUACAAGGUUCAAAAAAAAGUUUUCGAACUGCUUAAAGCUAGAAAUACACAAAUUUUACACAGAAUUACGCAAAAAUGAGCGAAAUUGCAAAGUGGUUUAGUAAUAAAAGUGUGUUUGUGACGGGCGCGACUGGAUUUAUUGGAAAAUGUUUGGUAAUAAAAUUGCUUCGGGAUUGUCCGGACAUCGACACCAUUUACAUAGUAAUACGAUCGAAAAAGAAUAUGACAUUUGAACAACGAAAAAAUGAGUAUAAAAGUCAUGUUGCAUUUAGCCAUUUAAAAAAUACAAAUCCAAGUGCACUAGAUAAAAUUCACAUUAUUGAAGGGGAUAUUUGUGAACCAAAUCUUGGAAUGUCCGAAUCCAAUCGGAAACUAAUCACCGAAAGGGUAUCAGUAAUUGUGCACAGUGCAGCGGAUGUACGUUUUGAUCGACGAUUAAUUGAAGCAUACAAAACAAAUGUAGAUGGUUCGAAAAAUGUUCUCGAUUUUGCCACCGAAUUCAAAAGAUUGCUUGCGUUCGUUCUUGUUUCAACGGCUUUUUCACAAGUACAUGAUAUGAAACUCGAAGAAAAGCCAUACAAAUCACCCAUAUGUCCGGAAUUGUUGAAUAGAAUCAUUGAAAACGUUGACGAAGACAUUUUAGAUAUUCUAACUCCAAAAUUGCUGGGUCAGUAUCCGAAUACAUAUGGAUACACAAAAAGCAUUAUCGAACAAUUGGUUUAUAACUAUUCGGACAAACUACCAACAGCAAUCGCACGACCACCAAUCGUUAUAAGUGCGUGGAAAGAGCCACUCAUCGGUUAUACAGAGGGUAUUCAUGGAAUAAAUGGUUGGUGCUUGGCAAGCGGAAGCGGGGUGUUGCGUUCAAUGCUUUGUCAACAUAAUUUGCCAUGUAACGUUAUGCCGGCUGACAUAUGCGCAAAUGGUAUUAUUGUAUUGGCCUUCGAAUGUGGUAAACGACAACAAAAAAGAUUUGAUGAACAAAAUGAAAGUAAAACCGAAGAAAACACAUUGCAGACAGCCAAACAAUUCGAAGAACCAAUCUAUUUUAAUAUAACCGAAGAGAAUCCAUUGACUUGGGAACAAUAUGUUGAGUUUUUAGUGAAACCCAACAACGCCAAGGUUCCGUAUAAUCUAGCACUUUGGCAUCCAGGCGGAAGUUUCAAGAAAAAUCGAUUUUAUAACUAUAUUUGCAUAGUUCUGUUUCAAAUUUUACCCGCAUUGCUUGUGGAUUUGCUAUUGAUUUUAGUACGACAUCCACCAUUUUUGCUGAGAGUCCAGCGGACCAUUAUCCAAGCUGCCAACGUUUUGGAGUAUUAUAUGAACGAAAAGUUUGUAUUUGUGUCAGAUAACUACAAUUCGGUAUGCGGUGCAUUGAACAAAAUCGACCGAGAAAUAUAUUAUGACCGAACGACGAUGGAUGUUGACAACUACUGCUACAAUGCGGCAUUCGGAACUAAAUUGUAUUUGGUAAAAGAAAAAGUUGAAGACAUACCAACAGCAUUAGCAUUUCACAGACGUUUAUGGUUCUUGGAUGUAUUUACAAAAUCAUUUUUUACCUAUUGGAUCGUGCAAAAGCUGUUAUCCUAUUUCAAUGUAUCGAUUUAUUGAUCAGUACGAAUAUUUUUUACACCCAUAAAAAUCUGCCUUAUUUCAAAGUAAUAAAAUACACAUUUUAAAUGUAAAAAAAAUACCAAUAAAAUGCAUUUAUCACAUAUACGCUCCAAA